AAGCUAUUAUUUUUAUUCGAAGGCUUCUGUCUCUAAAUGUUGCAUGGAGAUUGUUCAGCUUUUGCUUGCUGUCAUUAAAUUUUGCUAUUUAAGAACACAAAUCAGUUAUGGAAGCACUCUAGCAUGCAAUUAAUUUGUUGGAGAGAAGUUGCAAGUUGCGUAUAAUUUGAGUUGAGUGUCUACAAAAAUACAUGCUUCUCUAGGGUUCUUUAGACUACUUCUGAGAAUAAGAUAUGACCUUACAAGGAAAGUGAUGUUUAGGGAUUCACCGUGAUUUUCAAAUUACUGAAGACUCUUUGGAUAUGGUGCUUGUUGUUUAUGUACAGACUUGGAUAAUGCAUUGAGCUGCCUUCAGCGUGAAGAUCCAAGUUUAAAAGUGAAAAUAGAUCCUGACACAGGGCAGACCAUUCUCUGUGGCAUGGGAGAACUGCAUAUAGAGAUCAUUCAUGACCGAAUCAAACGUGAAUAUGGAAUAGAGACAUAUUUGGGGCCACUUCAGAUAGCCUACAGAGAAACCAUCCUGAAUGCUGCACAAGCCACGGAUGUAUUGGACAAAGUAGUAGGAGAUAAAAGACACUUUGUGACUACAGAGCUAGAGGUGAGGCCUGUGUCAGGAGAAAGAACGGUGACCAAACCUAUCAUUGAGUAUGCUGAGAGUGUCAUUGAGGUGCUACCCAAAGAACUCCAGGAAGCAAUAGAAAAUGGAAUCACAAAUUCAUGUGUUCAAGGACCCUUGCUAGGUUUUCCUGUUCAGGAUAUAGACGUGACAGUGCAGUCACUGACAGUGCAUCCUGAUACCUCCGACACAAUGAUAUCAGCCUGCAUCUCCCGUUGCUUGCAAAAGGCUUUGAAAAAAGCUGGUAUUCAAAUACUGGAACCCCUGAUGAGCCUAGAAAUCACAGUAAGUGAAGAUCACCUCAGUGCAGCACUUGCUGACCUUGCACAACGAAGAGGCAGUAUUCAGGAAAUCCAGAGUCGUCAAGAUAACAAAGUUGUGAUUGCUGCUGUUCCACUAGCAGAAAUGAUGGGCUACUCAACAGUUCUGCGUUCUUUAACAUCAGGCUCAGCAACUUUUACUUUGGAGUUAGCCAGUUAUCAAGCCCUGAACAGUCAAGAGCAAAAUGCACUUCUUCAAAGGAGGAUGGGGUUGGUGUGACUGCUUUGCUCUGUAGAAAAAUAAAGAUACAACCUAUCCUCCAUACUAAAUAUUUCCAGGAAACUGCCUACAUUGA